UGCGGUUUCCAUGGUGACGGAGGUCUCCGCUCCCGGCAUGCAGCGCGGCGGAACGGGACACGUCACGGAUCGGGCCGCGGCCUGGAGAACCGGAGCCGGUGCGGAGCGGAGAGGGCCUCCAGAGUGAACGUUGCCGGAAAUGUCUGUCAUUCUGUUCGCCUCGGUGGUCCGCUCCAGAGAUGGGCUCCCGCUGUCGGCCUCCACAGACCACGAACAAAACAUGUCCGUCCAGGAGACAAAGAAGUACCUGAAGGUGGUCUCUAGAAAGCUGGAGCAACUCCCGGACCGGUGCACCAUGAGAAGGGGGCCGCACACCAUAAACUUCAUCACCUCUUUGGGGGUGAGUUACAUGACGCUUUGCUCCGACGCCUACCCCGGAGUCCUCGCCUUCUGCUUCCUGGACGAGCUGCAGAAAGAAUUCAUCACAACCUACGAGAUGAUUCACAUCAACAGCGCCAUCCGCCCCUACUCCUUCAUCGAGUUUGAUAAUUUCAUACAGAAGACGAAGCAGCGAUUCAAUAACCCGCGCUCGCUCUCCACCAAGAUGAAUCUCGCCGACAUGCAGACGGAGAUCCGCCUGCGCCCACCCUACCAGGUAUCACCGCAGGAGCUGGACAUGGAGAAUGGCGUCCGCCAUCGGAAAGAUCUGGAAUAUAAAGGAAUGGUUCCUCACCAACGCCUGGAGCCGGUCACAAUGACGGGGAUCAUCUCCUGCCUGCUCAGCCUGCUGUGCGCCGGUCUCAAUCUCAUCCGUGGCUUCCAUGCACUGGAGAGCCUGCUGCAGAGCGAUGAUGAUGUCAGUUGUAUUAUCGCCUUCUUCCUGGGAACUGUCGCCUGCCUCUACCAGUGUUACCUCUUUGUAUACGGCACAAGUUGGCGCAACAUGAAAUCUUUUUUGGCGUUUGGACUGAUCUGUCUGUGUAAUUUGUAUCUGCAUGAACUGCGCAAUGUGUGGCAGCUUUUCUUCCACGUGACGGUCGGGGCCGUCACCACCCUCCAGAUCCGACUGAGGCAGCCGCAGAGCAAGUCCCCCGACUACAACGUCUGAUUCUUCCAACAACGCCCAUUCCUGGAUUUGGUUCCGUUUUGCCUGUUUUUAUGUUUUUUUUUUUUCCUCCUUGGCCUCUCCCGGUGACAGCCGAGUCCUGGACACAGCAGAGAGGGGAUACAGUCCUGGACACAGCAGAGAGGGGAUACAGUCCUGGACACAGCAGAGAGGGGAUACAGUCCUGGACACAGCAGAGAGGGGAUACAGUCCUGGACACAGCAGAGAGGGGAUACAGUCCUGGACACAGCAGAGAGGGGAUACAGUCCUGGACACAGCAGAGAGGGGAUACAGUCCUGGACACAGCAGAGAGGGGAUACAGUCCUGGACACAGCAGAGAGGGGAUACAGUCCUGGACACAGCAGAGAGGGGAUACAGUCCUGGACACAGCAGAGAGGGGAUACAGUCCUGGACACAGCAGAGAGGGGAUACAGUCCUGGACACAGCAGAGAGGGGAUACAGUCCUGGACACAGCAGAGAGGGGAUAUAUUGGGAGCAGGGAUGGUGUAUAUUAUAUUCUGUUGGCACCCUGAUUUUAUUGCCUUUGUAAGGCAGUUUUAUUGCAUUUCUAACUAAUAAAAGCCAUUCUGUACAGA